AUGACUGAUCAGACUUCCCCAGGCCUCUAUCCGGCAGGAUCACUUCGUAUCGCACCUGGCAAGAACGCCUACUUGGUUCGGUACAUCGACUCGUCUGGUUCUCCAGAACUGCCAGGCGGCCUGAUUUACCAACGCAGGUCAACUCGUGGCCCUGCUCUCAGAAUUGAUACGGAAGACCUUGAUCAGGCGAACUCUUCGUUUGCCCUACUGACGGAUUCGGCAACCCGCUUCCAGCUGCCGAAGAUCUCGCCCUUGGAUUUUGGACCUCACGAGAGUAUUCUAACAGAAGAGGAGCUAUUCAACGAGGAAGUAGAGAGUGACAAUCACUCAGAUACUGCCCGUGACUCCAGUGCGCUCAUUUCUGAUCUGCUUGGUCAUCUUGAAGAGGAAGCAGCUCUUUCUCCAGGGCCUACUCCCCAGGCUACACUCACGUCCUCCUCAAGCCGCUCUAUCUACUAUAGCGUUGGACAAGAGACAGAAGUUGACACGGAGACAGAUAGCUUGUCUAGAGAAUCCGGUCAUCUAUCUGUGACUCCCGAAGACAGCCCGCCACUAGAGGGGAAGACCCCAGGCUGCGUUCUCAGCCAGUCGUACCAGGACCUCGUGCAAGACUUUCCACUCGAUACUAUUUCCGAGACUGUGGCCAGUCAAAACGACAGCUUUCACAGGCAGUCAGUGGACAGCUUUGUCUUUGACGCCCGUAUUGAAGCGGACCUGCCGGUUACUCCGAAGAGGAAGCAGACAAAAAACAGCUCCUCUACACCUGUCCUGUCACCGUCAUUCCUUGGCCCAUUUCCAACUCCUUUCUCCCAUCGGCAAUUUAUUGCAUCCUCGCCGUCUGGGUCUUUGCGGUCUCCAAGCGCGCCCUCCAUUCGCGAUCCUACUUCACCUUCUCCGACAGCCCGACCUAGCCUGAAAAGGAAAGAUACUACUCGUCCCAGACUACAUCUUUCCGACAUCUUCAAGCAUCGGCAGGUUUCGAACAAGCUUUAG